AGUAGCCGCGACCCCUGCCCCGCCGCGCGCAAACAUGGCGGACGAAGAGCUGGAGGCGCUCCGCAAGCAGCGCCUGGCUGAGCUGCAGGCCAAGCACGGGGACCCCGCGAGCGAUGUGGCGCAGCAAGAGGCCAAGCAGAGGGAGGCCGAAAUGAGAAACAACAUCUUAGCUCAAGUCCUGGAUCAAGCCGCCCGCGCCAGACUAAGCAAUUUGGCACUUGUGAAGCCAGAUAAAGCAAAAGCUGUGGAGAAUUAUCUUAUACAGAUGGCAAGAUUUGGACAGCUACCUGGAAAAGUAUCGGAACAAGGUUUGAUAGAAAUACUUGAAAAAGUGAGCCAGCAAACAGAAAAGAAAACCACAGUAAAGUUCAACAGAAGAAAAGUAUUGGAAUCUGAUGAAGAGGAUGAUUAUUAAAUGCUACUGUAAGUGUGUCUGCCAAAUUGCCAGGAAAAGGCCAAGGAACAUACUGUACCAGGCAGAAUGAUAGCGCUGAAAACGUUUACGUGUAUGUACUUUAUGUAAUUUUUUUGAUAAAGGCCAAUAAAUGAACUCAUGUUCAGUAAAAUAAAUUUAUUAGAGAAAGGGUUUUUAUAGCUUACAUUUUUGUAGUAUCAGAGGCCUGAGUGGUGUGGGUUUCUGCACUGCUUCCUUGUCACGAGCUUUCCUUUGACGCUGCUCAGCAUGUAAGCUAUGCCACUGGCACCUGCGCACCAUUAUCUUGCUGCUGCCACCAUAGGAGAUCCUAUAACUUGGUGGGGAGGAAAGGUAUUAGGUUGCAAACAGCCACCGUCUGAAAGAAUUCCCUGCACAGUCUAAAUCACAGUACUUGAUUUAGAAACAAGAUCUCCACUGUGUGGGGUUAAUCCAGCAGUUCACUGGAUCUCAAACUAGCUGCCUGGAACCAUUGCUGGACGUCAUGUAGAAUAAAGUGUUUGGGGAACGAAGUAGUGGAGCUGGGGCAUUGGUUCCGACAGCCUCUUAGUAAGAAGUCUACUGGAGGAAAACGUACCCAGUAUCAGUCAUACAACUUAGAGAGAAACCUGAUGGGCUAUGUAUAAGUAUUUGUUGCUGUAGAACAAAUUUAAAAGUUAAAGUGGAUAUUCAGUAAUGUUUAAACUUGAUUAAAUAACUAAUUAACAGUACUAUUCAGAUACGUGGUAUCAUACAGUUUUUACACUACCUCCAUUUUUAUCAAAUGGCUGGAGUAUUUCCCCCCAAAAAAACAAUACAGUUUGCCCUAAACUCCCUUUGACUUGCAUGCAGAAGUAAAAUUAGCCCUGUGAUGUGCCUUUAUUUGAAAAUACAGUUAUGGGAAUGUGUGAUAUAAAUAUUGUAACAUCCUAUGUGGUGUAAUAAACAUGUAAAGGGAGAGGUCUUUUACACCAAAAAUCUCUUUUCUGAUGUGUACACAAUUCCAAUUGUAAUGGGCUUGGAACAGAAUAAAAGUGUUUAAACAGAGCAAGCAUUUUCACCUGAUGUGUUUAUGUGAAUAUUGUAAGAAUAUCUGAUUAGUAUAGUCAGUGUUUGCUUUUUUUUCCUUUAAACUUGUGAAGUCUGUAAUAUCCAGUAACUUCCUUGUCUUCAAUGGUAUCAUGACUGGGCUGUAGUGCUGGCUGUUUCUACAAGGGUAUUUAUUCUGAGCUUUGACAACACUUUGCAUACAAAUGUUUAUGCUGACAAACAUUUGUAGUUUUAUGCAAAUAUAAAGGCCUGUUUGUUUACAAAUAUUCUCCUUGGAAAUGUAUAGAAGGGACCUCUUGCACCAGUUAAUCCAGUUCCUGCUCCUGCAUACUACAACCAUUUUAUACAAUCCCAUUCAUACAUGUCUCAAGUUCCAUCUUAAAAUGAGUUUUUUGCUGCUACUGUUCUUGCUGGAAAGCUGUUCCAGAGCCACACUCCUGAUGGUUAGAAACCUAUAUGUAUUUGUGGCCUUUCAGAGAGCCAAACUAGUUUGUACAGUAAAACUUGCUUUUGUCACUGUAGACUAGGGGUGGCCAGAGUUACCCUGGGAGCCACAUCCAAUCCUCCACACAAGUUCGGGGGGGGAUGCUGAGCAACCUGGAGUGGAGGUAACCCCUCCACCCCUGCUGUGAGCUGUGGUUUGGCCACCUCUGCUGGAGACCAAUCAUCAUAAUACCAGAAAAAACCUUAUACAGCUUUGAGACUUGUGACAGCACUAUACAUUGGCAAGAAAGCUUCCCUUGGCAACCUAUGAUAAAUGCUGUUGUAUUCUCCAGCUCUUCUGUUUUACUAAAAACAACUAACUUGGCUUGGUUUGGAGCCAUCACAGAGAUGAAUUAUAUGCACUGCUAUGAUGUUUAUUUCUGCAUCGAUGGUUUUAUAUUCUAAUUGUGCAAGUUAUAAAAUAAACUUGCAUCAUUUUCUUGUUAUUUGAAAAUUGCUUAUGUUCCCAUCAAAAUGUGGGCUAUCAUGGUCUGUAUUAAGCUCUCAGCAUGCAAGCAUAUUUAUAUUAAAAAGGACUUGGGUAUACCCACAUCAGGAAAAAUGCAUAACUCAAAUUAAUUUAAGACCCAUUUAACACAUAGUGGCCCUUUUACAUCUUUUAGAGCAGGUAAGCAACAUUUUUGGCUGGAGUGCUGAAAAAAACCACACCAUCUCCCUUGUAAGGUGCUAGAGUGCC